CGGCAGUUGCAUGUUGCUGCGUUGCACGCAAUGAUGAGGACAUUGCUGGCACUCGCCCUGUUUCUGGGAUUGAUCGCCCAGGGCCACUCUCUCCAGUGUUAUGCCUGCGACAGUUCCAGAGAGAACUGCGGCCUGGGUCAGAGAAACGUCACCUGUAACGACACCUUGAACCUUACUUGCAUCACCAUCACCAUCCGGACAAAGUUGCUUUUACCGAAUUCAGGAUUCAUUGAGGUCCAGCGAACGCUUUUUGGCUGCGGAAUCUGCACCGAUGUCAUCUCCUUCAACAGCGGCCGGACUUCCGUCUUCGUGCACACUGCCUGUUGUAACUCGGACCUGUGCAACAGUCAGGUGGAACCAGAGAAGGAGAAUAUGACAUUGAAUGGUCUGGAAUGCGAGGGUUGUUUAACGUUAACUGAAACUGCGUGUAACCAAUCGAUGGCCGCUGUCAGUUGCCACGGGGAACAGAACCGUUGUAUUCACGCCACAAGUAUCAUCGGUAAGUUCUGUCCUUCCACCCUACCCCCACCACGUCCAUCCACAACACCGCUGAAGUUACACCACUUGGUCAAUCCACCCAUCUUUUGGGUUCUCUGCUCUCUCUGCAAUCUUCUAUUGACAACCUGGUAUUUUGUACAACAAAGGAUCAGGUCCCUCGUUCUGCAAUGUAUUAGCAAACGACAUUAGUCUAAUGACAUCCAAUCCAUUCUGCCGACAUAGUGCCCGUAUGCCUGGAUUCUCUGCUCAUUGAUAUGUCUAACAGCCCUUUGACACGUCUCAGUGCUCUGUUCCACCAGCAUCACUGAGUAUAUCCCAUGCAGCCCCUACUCUUUCUGUAGAAAAUACAAGUGCCCCGUACAUCUCCUGUGAACAUUCCCCUCUCUCACUUUAAAUGCAACCCUCUGGUAAUGGAUAUUUCUAACCUGGGAUAAAAUGAUGCCAGCUGUAUACAUUAUCAAUGCUUCUGAUAAUGUCAUAAACAUCUAUGAGAUGUCCCAUCAGCUCCUGACUCUACAGAGAAAGCAACCCAAGUGUGUCCUAUCCUUCCUCGUAUCUCACAGUCUCCAAUCCAGGCAGCAUCCUGGUGAACCUUCUCUCCAUGCUCUCCAU